CAUUUUAAAAGAAUUUAUGGAGGGAAAAAGGGUGAAAUACUUUGCUUAUGAAUUCUCUAGAAUUUCAAGCGUUCUUAAUCUUGAAAAUCAAAAAUUUCAAAAUUUAGUAAAGUUGGCCGGUGAAGUUCAACCUUUUGUGAAAAUGGUGAAGUAUAAUGAUUUAAUUGUAACGAUUUCAGAUUUUGAUUGA